CCAAUUGUAAGGCCCUGAAACUGCCAGCAAACACCACACAACACAACCAAACAACAUCUCCAACAAUCUCACAUCAAACUAAACUCUUCAUUCUUCAACACUUUCAACACCAAUCCGCCAUUGUUAUCCUCUGCUCAAUCCCCCAGGUACAAUUCUUCAAUCUUUUCAUUCAACAAAACACUUUGAUUCAUACCCACUUGUGUAAACCAUGAUCUCCACCUCAAUCCCCAUAUUUUCAGCUUCAAAUCUGUAAAAAACAUGCAAACUCUGAGUGUAUGCCCAUCAAAAUCUAAUCAUAUAUUAAACUUAGAAUCUAUACCUCAUUUAGUGAAGAAAAAAAGUAGAAACCAUAAGGUUUUAACAAGUUUGAGAGGUGAAUAUGUUUGCAGAUACUCUAGGGUAAAUGCUUAUGCAUUUUGGGGACUCAAUAACAACUCAUUUGCUUCAUCUGUUGGUUCAUCUGUUGUACCUUUAGCUUUAGCAUUUGAAGAACAAGUAGUUGUAGGCAAAAGUUUGAAUUCGGUAGAUGAUAUUGAUACAGAUAGAGAAAAAUUAGAUGAAAAUUCGCAUCCGAAAUCGACGAAAACGUCGAAAAUUGAAGGCGAAAACAGGGGGAAACGGGUGGAUACCCGCGCGUUAGCGUCGAGCUUACGGGGUGCGAAAACCGCAGACGAUGUAGAACUCGUGUUAGGUGACAAAGGGGAUCUUCCGCUACAGGUUUACGUUACGAUAAUUCGGGCUUUUGGGAAGGAUAAACGGGUGGAUUCGGCUGUUGCGGUUGUAGAAUGGCUGAAACGGAAGAGACCCGGGCCGAAUUUGUUUGUGUAUAACAGUCUUUUGGGCGCGAUUAAGCAAGCCGAAGAGUUUGAUCACGUGGAAAACGUUAUGAAUGAUAUGGUUAGCAGUGGUGUGUGUCCGAAUGUGGUGACUUACAACACAUUGAUGGGGAUUUCGUUAGCGCAAGGGGACGAAACCAAGGCUCUCCAGGUUUUUAACGAGAUUAAAACGAAGGGUUUGUCUCCGUCUCCAGCUUCGUAUUCGACAGCAUUGUUGGCUUACAGACGAAUGGAAGACGGGUUUGGAGCGCUUGAGUUUUAUGUUGGGUUUAAAAACAGUUACCGGAAUGGUGAAAUCGGGAAGAAUAAUAAGAGUGAAGAUUGGGAAACCGAGGCGAAGAAGUUGGAGGACUUUGUGGUUCGAAUUUGCUACCAGGUUAUGCGAAGAUGGCUGGUGAACAGCGAGGAUUCGAGCCAGAAAGUGUUGAGACUUUUAACUUGUAUGGACCAGGCUGGGCUGCAGACGGGCCGGUCUGAACACGAAAAGCUCAUAUGGGCUUGCACCCGUGUGGAUCAUUACACAGUUGCUAAAGAAUUGUAUAACAGGAUACGAGAAAGCGGUUCAGAAAUCAGCUUAUCGGUCUGCAACCAUGUGAUUUGGUUACUUGGUAAAGCUAAGAAAUGGUGGGCCGGUCUCGAAAUAUACGAAGAUUUGCUCGAUAAAGGACCGAAACCGAACAACAUGUCGUAUGAACUCAUCGUCUCUCAUUUCAAUUUCUUACUAACUGCCGCUAGAAAGAAGGGGAUUUGGAAAUGGGGAAUUCGAUUACUCAACAAAAUGCAAGAAAAGGGGUUAAAACCGGGAAGCAAAGAAUGGAAUUCGGUCCUGAUCGCAUGCUCGAAAGCUUCCGAGCCGUCAGCCGCGAUUCAAAUCUUCACCCGAAUGAUCGAAAACGGUGAAAAACCAACGAUCAUAUCAUACGGGGCGCUUUUAAGCGUUCUGGAGAAGGGGAAACUGUACGACGAAGCACUUCGGGUUUGGAAGCAUAUGAUCAAAAUGGGCGUGGAACCGAAUUCGUACGCGUAUACGAUCAUGGCGUCGGUUUACGCAGCACAAGGGAAGUUUAACAUAGUCGAAUCGAUCAUCCGUGAAAUGGCAGUGUCAGGAGUUGAGCUAACCGUAGUCACUUUCAAUGCGAUCAUAACCGCAUGUGCUCGAAACAACGCAAGUGGUCCCGCUUAUGAAUGGUUUCAACGAAUGGAGGUUGAAAAGAUCGAACCUAAUGAGGUUUCGUACGAGAUGUUGAUCGAAGCACUUGCGAACGAUGGGAAACCAAAGUUGGCUUAUGAUAUGUUUUUGAAGGCUCAGGGUAAGGGGCUAAGCUUGUCUGCGAAAGCUUAUGAUACUGUCGUCCAGGCGGCAGUCGACGGUGGUGCGACGGUUGAUUUGAGUUUGUUAGGCCCUCCGCCGCCAGCACCGGUAGCGGAGAGUACGAAGAGGGUAAGGACACUAUUUGAUAUAAAUCAAGAGGAUAUGGGCAUUGUAAAUGACUAGUGUAUCAAUUAAAUAAUUUAUGUUUGUUAUUUUU